AUGGAGGAGAGCAACCCCUUCGGCGAGGAUCUGCCGCUGCCACCGGCUCGACUGUUCGAACGUCUAGGCCAACUACAGGGCUACACCUGGGACCAAGCCGUCGAGCCCUUUCACUCGACAUACAACCACUGGCACAUCACGGGAUAUCGCCAUGCCUUGGAGUCCGACCUGUCAACGCCGCAUGCCACCUCCUCCGGCCCCUCCAGCUUCACGCGCUUCUCCCCCCGGACAGAAGCCCGACCGUCAGCCCGGGCCCUACGAAGACUCAGUGUGAGCGACACAAGCAGUGAGGUAUCCCUCUCGAAUCACCAUAGCCUGGAGGCGGAGACGGUGUGGAUCCCCGUCAUCGCGCGCAUUUCCACCAACAUAGUGCGCCUGGAGCGGGAGUUUCACAUGCUGCGCUCGAUCGUACAAUCUUCAGACCCGGAUUGCAAUCACACAAUACGACCGCUCGACUUGGUCAGGGUGCAACAGGAUUCCGGGAACUCGUCAACGCUGCUGGUCGCCAUCUUUGAAUCCCCCGGGCACGACAGGCUGCGAGACCUCGUGACAUUCGGCCCCGCCUCCUUUGCGGCGGGAUCGCGGGGAGAGGACAACAACGCGACGCCUAGUGAGCAGGUCUCUCUGCAGGCGUUCUUCGAUUUCGCCAUUGGCGCGUGUGACUGCUUGGAAAUUCUCCACUACGGCCUGAAAACGGUGCAUGGGGAAAUUCGAGGAGAUGCCUUCCACUUCUCCGCUGAGACGGGUGCCGUGAAACUCGCAAACACCGGCAAUGGGGCAAGAUCAUUCGACAAUGUGCUCAGCGAGGGGUGGUCUUCCGUCUCCCGGGAGCUCGGAGCCAAAUACAAGCUGCAAUUCAUCGCACCCGAGCAGACGGGGAGAAUGCCCACUGAGCCGGAUAGUCGCACGGACAUUUACGCCCUGGGCCUCUUUUUCUGGUCUAUGCUAGUUGGAAAGCUACCGUUCGAGGGAAACGACCCCGUGGACGUUGUUCAAAACGUGCUAGGAAAGAGGCUCAUCCCGGUAUCUGGCAAGCGAAUGGACAUCCCGGAUGCUCUCUCAGCCGUGGUUCAAAAAAUGACCCAAAAGGUCGUCCAUGAUCGAUAUCACACCAUUUCCUCGGUGAAGAGAGACCUGACUCACAUUCUGAAAUUGCUUGGAGAUGGAGAUGGAGAUGCUCUCAAUAAGUUCCGAGUGGCACAAGGCGACGUAUCGUCCUUUUUCACUCUCCCCACACAAAUGUUCGGUCGCCAAGAAGAAUACGACAAGAUCAUGAGUGUCAUACAAAAGGUCAACAAGCGCCAGGCGGCCGCAAUGGCCAAAGCCGGAGCCCAAAGCCCGGGAACAAUGCAUGCGCUCACUUCCGCCUCGUCCAUCGCCGAGAGUAGGGUCGAAAGUCUCGACUGUGCAUCGAUAUCCACCGAUUCUGGCUCUUUCCACCUUCCCCCGCGAUCGAGCUCUAACGUCACGACUCACCACAUUGCCCAAGCAAAUGCCCAAGAUGCUGCGACAGGUGGUGAUGAUGCGCCAUCUGCAACUCCUAGGAACGGUCCAAUCCAAAUUCCCGACGUAUACAGCCAAAGCCCACGAGCACAGUCAAGCAGGAUGAAAAGCCCAUCGCAUUCCCGAUCGUCUCAUAAUACAGAUCCCUCCGUUGGCCCCCAGAGUUUGCCCUCAACCAGCUAUAACACCAGCCAACCGGACUCAUUCCAUUCUCUGAUCAAACAGAAGACAGGUAGCAAGAUUCGCCGGAAUGAACGUUGUGAAGUCAUCACAAUCAGCGGUGCUGCCGGGAUUGGCAAGACAGAUCUUCUGAACCGAAUCCAGCCGACAGUUCGCAAGCUCGGGUGUAUUGCGAUCACUCGCCUGGACCGAGCCAAGCGCGUCCCCUUUGAGCCAUUUGCUAAGCUGUUGGCAAGCCUUUUGCGCCAGAUCUUCUCAGAGCGAGAUGUAACUACCGACUAUCAUAACAGCGUCCGGAUGGCGUUGCGGCCGAUGUGGCCCACUCUUCACAAAGUCCUGGAACUUCCAGAGCAGUUGAUGUCCCCGGGCGCGAAGUACAGACCCACGGAGGCUAAACCUGACUUGUUUGUGCCAGAAAAGGGAGAACCAUCCAAACACGUUCGGAUCCCCGGAUUAGACCAGGGUCAGAGUUCUCUUGAUUUCUUCUUGGCCAACGCCGCUUCAAAGAACAUGCAGCUCAUGGACACAUUCCUGGAGAUCUUGAGAACUCUUUGCCACUUCAAGCUUAUCACCAUUUGCCUUGAUGAUCUUGAACAUGCAGAUGAUGAGACUUUGGAUCUCGUUUUGAAGAUAAUCAAAGCAAGACUCCCAUGUGUGAUAAUCUUAGCAAGUCGCAAAGACGAGAUUGCCUCAACCCAGGUGAGGUCUCUAUUCGAGCAGGACCAGUCCUGUGUCACUCGCAUUGAACUUGCGCCGUUAGAAGAGCAGCAUGUCAUGGAAAUCAUCGCGGUGACGAUGCAUCAGCAACCGAACCAAACAUUGACCCCAUUAUGUGCUGUCAUUCAAGAAAAGAGUCGUGGAAAUCCCUUCUACGUUCGGGUGAUGCUUGAAACUUGUUACAGGACAAACUGCAUUUGGUAUUCGUGGAAGGACUCGAAGUGGCUCUUUGAUCUCGAUCGGAUAUUUACGGAAUUUGUGGCUCCAGAGUAUGGGGAAGAGCUUGGACUCGGGUUCCUCACCAGGCGACUUCAGGGUAUUCCGUCCACCGCCCGAUCGAUCAUGAUAUGGGGAGCUCUCUUGGGCAGUCCUUUCUCCUUCUCCUUGGUUCAGAAGCUUCUCACCAGCGAAUUCCUCUAUUCGACCGGUGAUGACGAGGAUAUGGAUCUCACAUCCCCGCAAAACGUGACCUUGAUUAGGCAAUCCGAAGGUGAUAUAGUGGUUGGAUUACAAUUCCUGGUUCAGGCCAAUCUCUUGAACGCUGGAAAGACGGACGAUGAGUUCAGUUCUGACCAAAUCUCCAGGUUCGGUAACGAGCGCCUUGCGCAGGCCGCACUCUCUUUGAGCGAGAGUAGGAAUGUGGAGAAAAUGCACUUCAUUGUUUCACAGGCCUUGAUGAAAUAUUACCACGACCAUCGCAGCCGUUACUCCAUGGCUCAUCAUGUGGCACUGGCUUCUCGAACGAUCAAGACCCGUGUUGCUAAGCGACUGGAGUAUCGCCGAAUCUUGUGGGAUGCCGGUCAGACAGCGUCUCAGUCCGGUGCGCGGCCAUCUGCGCUCUGGUAUUUCCGCCACUGCAUUGCCCUUCUUCAGGACGACUUGUGGAAUGACGUCCAACCGGACGUCUAUUAUGAUGAGACUAUGCGGUUGUUCAUCGCAACUGCCGAAAUGGCAUGGUCCCAAGGGCAAAACGAGGAAGCUCUUCAGUUGAUCGACGAGGUUUUUGCUCACGGCAAAGACGCUGUCAGCAAGUCAAGAGCCUGGAUCAUCAAAGCCAAGAUCUUUGCGCAGGUAGGCGAUCACCACCACUCUAUGGAGGCACUCCUCACUUGUCUCGAUGAGCUUGGGGUGCAUUUACGCCAGCCCACGAGCUACGAGGAAUGUGAUGCAGCUUAUUUGCGUUUGAAGACUUAUCUAGAGACUGUCGACCUGAGCUCCAUUGCACGAAAGCCAAUCUCUCAAAACCCAACUGUGAUGAACAUCGGUGCAGUCAUGGCAGAGGCCAUGACAGUCACUUACUGGGACGACGCAUUGGUUUUCUACCGCAUGGCCAUUGAAGUCAUGAAUAUUCAUAUCUUCAAGGGUGGAUUUACACAGAUUGCAAUUGGCUGCUCGCAUCUCGCCAUGAUCUCUCUAGGUCGCUUCAAAGAUAUCGAAUUUGGCGCCAAGCUGAGCGAUCUGUCGCUGGAAUUACUCGAGCGCUGCCCCGAGCUUUGGACCCAAAGCAGAGGUUCAAUUGUCCAUAACCUCUACGUUAGCCAUCUCCGGGUCCCCAUGGCGUCUACUCUCCCAGCCCUGGAGACCUCACUUGAGGCAUCUUUCUCAAUGGGCGAUCCUUAUUUGACUCUGAUCAGUGUCUCAUCGAUGGCCAUGACGCGAUUGUAUCUCGGUCAGGACAUGACUCAGCUGGAAGCCUUUUGCAUUGAGGCUCCCGAAGAAAUCCCAAAUUGGCAACGGGAUACACGCGGUGGAGCCAGUAUUAUCUCAGUCCAACAAGUCUCCCGUGCCCUCCAGGGUAAGACUGACUUCCGAACCGCCGACGGUAUAAUGUCGGACGCCGAGCACAAUACAGCCGACUUUAUGACUUACUUGGAUGCUCAUUCCACCAACGCUGACAGGCCUCGUGACAUUUACUGGGGGCUUGCCAUGAUACCCUUGUUCCUCUUCGGCCACCACACCAGAGCAGUCGAGGUCGGCACCCAGUUACUGUUCACGAAACAUAGGCUUUGGUCUGCGCGUGUGUCUUAUGUGAUUCAAUUCUACCUGGCAGCUUCACUUCUCAUGCUUCACAAUGAUAACCCGGCGCAAGGAUAUCUUGACGGCAAGAUGGACACCUUGAAAGAAUACAAGACCGAGAUUGAUAUUGCUCGAUCUUCAUCGGAAGCAAACUAUGGAAUGUGGUCAUUCAUCUUGGAGGCGCUGAUCUCCGAGGUUCACAAUGACCACAGUGCUGCUAUUCAGGGAUACGAAGCUGCCAUUGACCAUUGUCAAAUCCACGGUUGGCCUCUUGAGGAGGCAUUAGCUCUUGAGCUGCAAGGCGAGUUCCUCAUUCGACGGGGAGCUAAGAGAGCCGCUCGUGCCGUUAUCCAGGAAGCUAUCGCCGCGUGGAGCUCAAUCGGUGCCGGAGGUAAAUCAACGCAACUCGCCGAAAAGCAUGAAUGGCUACUCAAGACUGCGACCUCGGCAAAGACCGUCGAUGUUGGCUGUCAAACUGUUGACUCGCUUCUUGAAAUUAGCCGUGAAGUUGCCGAAGAAGAGAUCUUGAUCCCCCAGCAAAUGGAAGAGAACGAAAGAAGGCAACAUUGGAUCGAUCAGAAUGGCGUCGCCACUGGAGAGCCAUCCAUGGACAUAUCAAGUGUGGGGCUAGAUAUCAUUGACCUGAGUAGCAUCCUCGAGUCCAGCCAGGUCAUGUCCUCGGAGCUUCAGAUUGACAAGCUUUUCACCAAAAUGCUUGAGAUUAUCUUGGAGUCAUGCAACGGAUCCGAUUUUGCAAUCAUUGCUACCGACUUCGAUGACAAUGGUUUCGCGGUUGCUGCGGCCGGUGAUGCCGAGAAGGGACAAAAGUCCUUCCCUGAGGGUCUGCCAUUUUCGGAAAUGGAUGACCGGAUCGCGCUCCAAAUCUCGCACUAUGUUAUGCGCACCAAGGAGGAGGUUCUUGUUCACAACGUCCUCGAGGAUGAACGUUUCUCGAAUGUGAGCGAGUCUUAUCUGGCAAAUUUCCCACAAGGUCGGUCUGUCAUCGCAUUGCCAGUCGUUCAAGGUGAUCAUCUACUUGGCGUCAUUCACCUGGAAGGUAAACCAAAUUGGUUCACACAACGGAAUGUUGUUGUGCUACAUCUCCUCUGCAACCAGGUUGGUAUUUCGCUGUCCAAUGCCUUGCUGUUCCGCGAGAUUCGAAAGGUCAGCGCCAAAAACGCUUCCAUGAUUGAAUCGCAGAAGCGUGCGCUGGCCCUGGCGCGUGAGGCCGAACAGAAAGCCAAGAAUGCCGAGGCCGAAGCCAAACACAACGUGAAGCUGAAGGAAGAUGCAGCAAGGGCCAAGUCAAUUUUCCUUGCCAAUAUUUCCCAUGAUCUCAGGACUCCCAUGAAUGGCGUAAUUGGUCUGUCGGAACUUCUCAAAGGCACGCCUUUGGACAAGGAACAGGAUGAAUACGUGGAAUCGAUCCGUGUGUGCGCUGAUACCUUGCUCACACUGAUCAAUGACAUUCUGGACUUCUCGAAACUGGAAGCCGGGAAAAUGAAGAUCUCCACCGUUCCACUCAACCUGAAGCAAACGAUCUCGGAAGUCAUUCGUGCUUUGCGGUACACACAUCGUGACCGGGGACUGGAAACUAUUGAGGAUUUGGACAAGGUUCCACCAGAGCUGGUGGUGCUUGGAGAUCCAGUCCGUUUGCACCAGAUUUUCAUGAAUCUACUCAGCAACAGUUACAAGUUCACGCCUGCCGGAUCAGUCACGGUCAAAGCCCGAGUCGCUCGCGAGGGCAAGGGCCGUGUUCGUCUUGAAUGCUCAGUUGCCGACACUGGUAUCGGAAUCCCAGACGAGCAGAAAGCUCGCCUCUUCCGGCCAUUCUCGCAGGCCGAUGCUUCCACGGAAAGAUCUUACGGCGGCAGUGGUCUUGGUUUGUCAAUUUGCAAGGCCAUCAUUGAGGAUGUUCUCGGUGGCGCGAUUUGGCUAGAAUCUACCUCCGGGGUGGGAACUACUGUGACAUUCCACCUGGUCUUCAACAAAGCACCGAAAAAGACAGCAGUGCAAACCACGUGGUCGCAGGACUUAAACAAAGCGGAAAAAGAAGCCCGUCGGUCCUCAGCCCGCGAUCUCACUCAAAUCCCCCGAGAUCAAAUCCGAGUGUGUAUUGCCGAAGACAACCCCAUCAACCAAAAGAUCGCAGUCAAAUUCGUCACAGGUCUCGGCCUUCAAUGCGAAGCAUACAGCGAUGGCAAACAAGCCGUUGAUGCCCUUCGCGCAAAAUCCGAGGAGGGCAAUCCCUUCCAUGUAGUUCUCAUGGACGUCAUGAUGCCCACCCUGGACGGAUACAACGCCACCCGUGAGCUACGUCGCGACCCAGAUCCCAACGUCAACGAAGUCCUAGUCAUUGCCAUGACUGCCAGUGCCAUUGAAGGGGAUCGCGAAAAAUGCCUGGAAGCCGGCAUGAACAAUUAUCUCCCGAAACCGGUUCGCUCGCCCAUCCUGAGUGAACUCCUGGACAAAUACCUCGCCCCGGUACCCUCCUACCCGAAGUCUCGGCUGGCGAUUCGAGAAAAGCGUUCCCGGGCAAGCAUGGAUGCUGGUGCUGGCACGCCCACUAGCUUUUCUUCCUCGGCCUCGGAUGAGCCGAAGCCCUUGUCCUUGGAAAAGAAAUGA